GCAAACGUGCCUUAGCGUUCUCGCAUUGUCUCUCAAACAGCGGUGCGCCUCCACAGCGGCGAGACCUCCUCCUGCAGCUCCUCCGGCUCUCCUCCUCAGCUCGCUCUCAUUCAGUGCCUCGCACGACGACCGACAUGGCACCGUGCUGGCCGGCAAACGGAGUUGUUUGAAGCGUUUUCGCGGGGACUACCAUGUCCCAACCACGGGCGCCGAACUCUUGCCCAGACGGGUACAGAGUCCUCAACACCAGCGAACUACAGGAGCUUCUUCAGGAUGAAGAAAAAAUGGAUCAGAUCGUGCGACUCAACGAGAAGUUUCAGGAGCUGCAGGUGGACAGGGAGACCUUACUAGCAACCAAUCGAAGUCUUGCAGAAGAGAGCCUUGCACGCCGCCCCCGCCUCCAGAAUGGCAAGCUCCAAUUGGCCUCUAAGUACGAGGAGCUUGCGAAGCUGACUACUGUGUGCAAGGAAAAGCAAAGCCGGCUAGAGGCCUACAUGAGGAAGCACAGUCCACAGAUGGCUCAGAAUCUACUUCAAGAGGAAGUAGCACGUGCUGAGGAACAGUCUGAGGAGCUUCUGGAGAGGUUCAUGGAGGGGCACGUCCCACUGGAGGGCUUCCUGGACUCCUUCCAGAGCUUCAGGAAGACAUACCACAUCCGCCGUGCGCAGGCCGAGAAGAUCCAAGAGCUCAACCGGCCUGAAAGGAAGCAGAGGAAGCGAUUGGAGGAAGAGGAGGAGGCACGGGGGAAGAAGGAAGAGGUACAAAAGGAGCCCCGCCCCAAUGGAAUCACUGCCCAUGGCCCGCCUCGUGUUUUCCAACUCCGAUACGGCCUCACGCCAGCCAUCCUCGUGCCGCUCUCCACAUCCUCAGCCGCAGCUUCUGCCGCAAGUUUGUCUCCUCUGGACUCAUGCCCAAACCAGCCCCAGGCUUUAGGGCCCAGUGCCCCCCACUCCUGCCCCGGGCAGCCUGUAGGCCUCAGAGUGAUAGGACAGUUGCCAGGCUGGCCAGCCAGACCAGUCCGGUUACAGCAGCUGUACAGGCCCAGUCCACACCCGCAUGAACCUCCAUAUCGAUAACGUCCAAACACUGUGCUUUCGACAUGAGGAACACAAAUACAGGGCCAUCAAUGAAGUUCUUGGCCUCUUGAAGCUUUGGGUCAGUGUAAAAAAAAAAAAAAAAAUUAAAAAAAAAAAAAUUAAAUGAUCAUGAACACCAAUUUCAUAAGUCUAAAAGGGAUAAGGUUGGAAAGCCAUAAAGUGUUUCGUCUUCAUCGUGAACAAGCCUGUCGAUUACACCAGAAAGGUUUUGCACAAAGCAGGAUUUCUGCAUUAGCCAGAUAAGUUACACUGGUCUGCCACUUUAUUAGAAACACAUACUUUAUAGCUGCACCAUGCUGUUGUACAGUUAGAGCCUGUAGCUCAUCUUUUGUUGCACAAUUUGUGUUAGCCAUCCUCUAGCUUUCAUCAGUGGUCAUUUUCUGAUGACAGAGCUACACUUGGUAGGAUAUGUUGGAUGGACUGCUAUCAACUGACUUGCUACCAUGUCAAUGUUACUGCUGUGUUGAAAAUAGUAUAUCACACACAUAAUAUCUGCUCAAGAGGAGUGCUGUCAGAAACUGACCAAGGUUGAAAGGGGUGGAGGGUGUCUGACAAGCUACAGUCUGUAAUUGUAUGCCUAUAUAGUAGGUGGAAAUUGUGACCGUAUGGAGUUUCUAGUAAAGUAAAUGAGCGUAAGCCAAAAGUCAAGCCUGUCCAAUAGGAGGAAAGGUCAGAGAUGUUCCUAUCCUUGCCGUGGGCUUAAGUUAUCCAGCUAAUCUGUUCUAUAAAAAACCCACAAAGACAUCUGUCAUUGUUGCUUGUUUUGUUGUUUUGUUGUCCCUUUAUGGGGAUAAUGCAGAGUUUAUGCUGCUGCUUUUGUGAGGGAAGGGAUAAAUUGUUAAGACACUGCUUUCUGACUGGAAGGACUAUGUUUUGUUUGUUUGUUUGUUUGUUUUUGUUUUUUGCCAUUGAUAAUUUGAGAAAUGCCAGGCUUGUGAUAUGCCUUCUUGUAAUGGUGACGAUGAUCAAUAAAGUCCAAUUAUGAUGUUUAUUAUAAAGAAA